AUGUGUUUGUGUCCCCUAAAAAUAAAGUCAUAUCAGUUUGUUGAAGUGGCCCGGGAAGCGAAUAUGAGGCAGACGGAAAUGAGUGAUGAAGACCGUCAGAAAGUGAACAAGCUGCGUGAGCUGGUAAAAGACAAUUUGACCGACUACUAUAAUACAGAUUUCAACUUAUUACGAUGGUUACAAGGUCAUCGAGAGCUUUCCAUCCAGCAAAUAGCAGACAAACUAAAUUAUCACCUAAAAGCCAGGGCGUCGACCUUCCAGAUGGACAAAAAAGCGACGGCGCCGCGAGACCAUCCGAUUCAUGACCAUUGGCGCUACGGUAUUACAGGGAUGUCGAAAGUGCUUGAUAAUGUUGUCGUUGACAUCGAACAAUGUGGAGAUACCGAUUAUUGGGGUAUGGUGCAAACUCACUCGGUCACCGAAGUGCUAAAAGCUAGGCUCUUAGAUCUAGAAGAAAUGCUUUAUCGAGUGAUGAAAGUUGAAGAAGAGACAGGUAGACAGGCUUGGAUACUGUAUGUCAUGGAUCUUACAAACCUUAAGUACAACACGCAGUUGUGUCAUUUGAUCCUUGGCCCAUUAAAAAGUUUAGCUGAUUUUAUGUCUGAGCAUUAUGUCGAACUAAUCAAAUAUUUUGUUCUCGUUAACGUUCCAACCUUCGUUUAUGCUCUGUGGUACACGACACGACCGUUGCUGCCUGAAAGAACAAAGGAAAAGGUACUGUGGUUAGUCAGCUGGUUGAGAAAAAUUAAUUUAAAAUUAUCUAAAAAGGAACGGUGUUUUAUUUUGAUUUCUUUACUGCGUGGAGACUACGAGUGGAUGAAACUUCACAAGUUACAAUUCAGAGCUGUUAUUUCUGCCAUAAAAACCGCAAAAUGUGCUAUUAAGGUGCGGUUCUUGAGUUCGUCGAACUGGAGGAAAGAAAUUUUGGAGUACGCUGUUCCCGAAUCCCUACCUGACAAAUGGAAUCUCAGUGAAACAAUUUUUACUUCCUCUGUUCCAGUACCUGUCAAAUUCGAUGAAAAAGGAUAUUUUGGUAAAAACACUAAGGUAUGCUUCUGGAAUCUAACCGCGGGAGAUACGCUGUCGUGGUGGUUGACCGCAGAUGGUGAUCUUGGAUUUGGCGUUUACAUGACCUGUGACGAAAAUGAAGAAGACAUCAACAAGAUGGAGAUAGUGUAUCCAUGCCUCGGAUUCUUGCCAGGACCUCUAGUUGUACCGUUGCAAGAUACUAUAAACAUUGAGAAACCCGGUUACUACAAAGUGUAUUUUUCAAAUGCUCGAGCUUGGUGGCAUACUUUAAUAAUUACUUGUAAGUUGACAACAAAUCCGUCGGAGAAAUUGCUUGUAAAAUAAAU